AGGGACAGAGAGUGUAAGGGAGAAAGAUAGAGGGAGGAGGAAAGGGGAAGGUUUGAGUUGGUGAUGGUAUUGGGGAUACUCCGAUUUGCGAAGGAGGAGGGCAGGAGACUGAUUUCCCUGACUGUUGCCGCGUCUUUGAUGCUCCUGUUCACCGCCGGCGUCGGUGGCAGCUACAGCGGAAGAUGGAUCCUGUUCGUCCAGGGAGGUAGCGUCAGCGGCGGCGGUAGGAGCGGCAGCUCGCUCAUCGGGGGCGGCGGUUUCUGGUCCUCAGCAGCGGCCCCUUCCAAUGUCGGCAUAGCCAUCGCCGUCACGGCCAUGGCCGGUCUCGCCCUCACCGCCACCGUCGUCUACUCUCGUAGGUAAAACCACGAACGAAGCAAAUUCACCGUUUUUGAGACCCCUCCGGAGAACGAGAAAUUGUCUGUCCCCCCAACCCCAAAAUCGAAUGCAUUCAACCCUAGGAAAGUUUGAUAGAUUUGAUCGUUGUGUUAGGAGAGUAAGAGAGAGAAAACCUAGAUGCUUACGCAACAGAAACAACCUUUAAUGAGAGCCCUCCGGCGAAGCCACACCUCGUCCUCACCGUCACCGUCACCGUCACCGUCGUCAAAUUCCUCUUCGCCGUCAUCUUCAUCAGCUUCUUCAUCGUCAACGACAUCGUCAUGGAUUCAUUUGCGAUCGGUCUUUUUAGUAGUCGCUCCUUCGUCAACCUCACCAGUUCCUUCUAAUCGGGGUAGUCUUAAAUCUCCUUGGUCGCGGAGGAGAAGAAAACAUGCGCUUCUGCCCAAGCAAUGGAAAAGUUCUUUUCUACCAGAUGGGAGACUUUGUGAUGGUGGAGUGAAAUUGCUGAAGAAAGUCCGAAGCGGGGGUGUUGAUCCAACUAUCAGAGCAGAGGUUUGGCCAUUCCUUCUGGGAGUGUAUGAUGUGAACAGUUCCACGGAGGAGCGGGAAUCCAUCAGAAGUCAAAAUAGAAAAGAGUAUGACAACUUACGGAAGAGGUGCAGGCAAAUCAUCAGACGCACUGAGAAGAGUAAUGGAUCCAAGGAAAAUGCUGAAACUAGUGAAUAUAGUGGGGAUCUCAGCCAAGUGUUGGAUUCUGGAUUGGAUGAUUCACUAAGCUUGCAGAGAUCUCCUUUAAGUGAGAAAGAAGGCCCAGACAGAGAAGCUUUGGAGAGAGAAGGCUCAGAGAGAGAAGGCUCAGAGAGAGAAGUUUUGGAGAGAGAAUGCUCAGUUCCGAAGCACUCUGAAGGCUCAGGUGGUGGUCAAGUGGUGCAAUCUACCAUGUUGUUGAGUGAAGGAGAUGCUGAAAAAUCUGAAGGAGAUGCUGAAAAGAGUGAAAUCACAUGUGUGACUGCUUCACCUGGUGAUUCAGAAUCAACUGACUCUGAUUCCUCUGAGUCUGACGAGCAUGAAAUUGUUCAGCCCUUUCUCUCAUCCAGUGAACUUGAAGGAAGUGAUAUUGUGGAGACCGAGGAAGAGACUUUGUCAACUUCUGAACCCAAAAACAAGACCAAAUCGCAUACAGAUGAAGAUUUCACAACAUGGCAGAGAAUCAUUCGCCUUGACGCUGUUCGGGCAAAUGCAGACUGGAUCGUUUACACUUCUUCUCAGGCUAACAUUACGGAGCUGAAGGCAAGGCGCUUUGCAGAGAGUGUUGGUUUGAAGGAUUAUGACCACUUGGAGCCUUGCCGAAUCUUUCAUGCGGCCCGUCUGUUGUCUAUUCUCGAAGCCUAUGCAGUAUAUGACCCAGAGAUUGGCUACUGCCAAGGGAUGAGCGACCUGCUCUCACCAAUUGUCUCGGUGGUUGAAGAUGAUAGUGAGGCCUUCUGGUGCUUCGUGGGCUUCAUGAAGAAGGCCCGGCACAACUUCAGGCUUGAUGAGGUCGGGAUUAGGAGACAGCUGAAUAUUGUCUCCAAGAUCAUCAGGUGUAAGGACUCCCACCUCUACAGCCAUCUUGAGAAGCUAAAAGCGGAAGACUGCUUCUUUGUCUACCGAAUGGUAGUGGUGCUCUUCAGGAGGGAGCUGACCUUUGACCAGACUCUAUGCCUCUGGGAGGUCAUCUGGGCGGACCAGGCAGCAAUCAGGGCCGGGAUCGCCCGGUCUGCGUGGGGUAGGAUGAGGCUGCGGGCACCACCCAAUGACGACCUGCUGCUGUAUGCCAUUGCAGCCUCAGUCCUGCAGAGGAGAAAGCUGAUCAUUGAGAAGUACAGCAGCAUGGAGGAGAUCAUGAGGGAAUGUAAUAGCAUGGCGGGUCACUUGGAUGUGUGGAAGCUUUUAGACGAUGCCCACGACCUGGUGGCCAACCUCCAUGAGAAGAUCUAGGCCUCGUUGCUCUUUUUUAGCUUUGUUUAUUGCCAAGUUCCUUGUUCGCGUUUCAAGUUCUCAUUUGAUCUUCCUGGGGAUCUAUGCACAACCUCUACUUCUACAUUGGGUCACUUCGCUGGUGCUCAGAACGAGCACGUGGAUUAGCUGAUUAUUCGUUCCUCUGUCAAGUUAAUCUACUACGAGAUUUAUGUAUACUGCCCGCUCUCAGGGCCUGUCUGUUUGCCUGGGUGAUGGUGGCAGAAAUUGGAGACUUAGUUUAAUUUGGAAUUAUCUAAACUGUUGGCAGUUCCAUGAUCUCGUUUGGUUCAUUCCGAGUCUACUUUUUUCU